UUAGGUCAGGUAUAUAUGAAUUUCAUCCGGUAACUAAAACGGAUUGUUUGGUUUGAAUGAUCACUUGUAAAAUUUAAAACAUAUUUAUAUUUUCCAAUGUAUAGAUUUACCAAUGCGUGUUUGGAAUCUGCUUAAUAAGAAAAACGAUUGCAAAUUAACAGUAACAAGAGAUUUACCAACGAUAAAUCAUGGCUGAGGGAAGAAACCAAACAUCUAUCCAGGAUGGUUCCGAUGCCGAUAUUGCAUUUGCAUGUACACCGUGUAGUGCGGAUGGUACCAGAGAGGAAGCUAUAAAGUAUUGUUCGGAAUGUGACGAGUAUCUUUGUACAACAUGCACGAAAUAUCACCAUAAAAUGAAAGCUUCUCGUGACCAUAAGUUGGUUGAUACAGAAGAAGGCAGACAAGAGUUACUUGACGUCAAAACAACAGCGAAAAUAAAAUGUCGGCAGCCCCAAGAUAGGGAUAUCGAAAUGUUCUGUGGUACACAUGAUAUGGUAUACUGUCUGAUGUGUAUUGCAACUGAUCACAGGUCUUUCUGUGAUGUGACAAGUUUAAAAGAUGCUUCACGCACAAACUUUCAGCACGAAGACAUAGAACGUUUAAAAGAUGAAUCAGAGUCUUUGAAAGAACGUCUGGUUGCAUCAGAGAAAAAGAAACAAGAGAAUAUCGUCUUUGUGGAGGAGAAACGAAACAAUAUUCAAAAAAGAGUUACUGAGGUCGAAGAUGGUAUGAUACAACAUAUCAAAACUCUUUCAAAACAAGCAAAUUGUACCCUCAACGAAACAUACACAAUAGUCAAAAGCGAUCUAGAGUCAUAUAUUGCCAAGCUGAGACGUAGAAUAUGAGGUGGAGACAACGCCUGAAACAAACCGGGAGCAACAGUUUGUUCAAGUCAAGAUUUGCGAGCAGAUAAUAAAUGAUGCAGAAAACGUAAAUGCCAAAUGUGAAUCGGACGGUCAAAUAUCAGUCCAGUUUGCAGAAAAUACAAGUGUACCACGACAGUUAUUAGAAGUCAAGGCUCUCGGGAACAUAGAAAUAUCUCGUGCAGCUGUAAAGAGGAAAAUAACACGACAGAAAGAGAUAAAUGUUAGAAUGCAGAAUGACAAACAAACGUGCCGCAUAAUUGAUAUGUGCCAGAUUGAUAGUGGAGCUUGUAUUUUGACCGACGCUUAUAACAACAAGAUAAAACUAUUAGACACCAAGCACAAUGCGACCGAUUUCCUAUGUUUAGUAUAUGAACCGACUGGUAUCUGUAGAACUGGUUAUAAUGAAGUAGCAGCGACUUUGAGCAACUACAAGAUAGAAGUGCUGUCAGUACGUAAGCCUAUUGCUAUAAAAAGAACUAUAAACCACAAACAAGACAAACAGUACUGCGGGAUUGCCUAUACGGCUGGAAACUUUUGGAUAGCGACCGGAUCAGGCGUUGAUGUGUACGAUACUAAUGGAACCCUUGUGCAAUCUGUUGCAAAAGAUUCGACCGGUCAGCGUAUAUUUGAAUCCACACCACAGCAAAUGACUGCUUAUCGGGACUUGGUAUUUGUAGCUGACUAUAGUGGCAACAUUGUUUGUUUUGCAAGCGAUGGUACAAAAAAGCGAAACUUCAACAUAGUACACUACGAAAUGCGACUGGUGUAUGUUUAUCGAAUGAUGGUACAAUAUUUGCUGUAGACGAACGGGCCAAAAAGACUGUCAUGUUCGAUCAGAACGGAAACUGUCUAGGAGAACUGGUCCCGGACAUUCCCAGUGAGAAGAUUCCAAUGUCUCUUUGCUACGACGUUAAAAACGAUUGCUUACUCAUUGGUUAUUUGUCAUCAGAUACUGUGAUUGUGUGUUUUCGAAGUGACUAAAAGCUGCAGAAAUAAAAUUCAUUUAUGAAUUAUAUAAACAGAGAAAGAACUCUGUUUCUAUUCAGUCAGAAGUAACUGCUUGCAGCAAAAGAAAUAAGUUUUGUUGACUAAAGGUACGAUAAAAGCGGAAUUUAUAGAACAUAUUCUGACAAAUACGUCAUACUUUUUGAGAGCUAGAACAAUACAAUUUAAUACUGUUGACAGUUAUUCCAAAACGAUCGGAACAUGUUAAAGCAGGAUAUUGGAAAUUAUUCCAAGAACAACAAUCAGUUCAAAUGAGUAUUUCUUGCUGAAUUAUUUAGUUUUUAAUUGAUUUAAGAAGUUUUUCAUAAUGUUGAGAAUGUGAGUGAUAGCGAUAGAACCGGAAGCAAUGUAACAACAUAUCUUGUACAUCGGUGCUGUUAUUUGUCCCAGAAAUUACCAGUUGUAAAGUUGAAGAGGCAUUAUGCUUCAGUAUAAAACAACAUAUUAUACACAUCUGAUGUGGUUAGUGACCGAAAUGACUUAUAAUAAUACCUAAGCCUUAUUAAUAUUUAGGCUUUAUACUUUUUGGCCGGUAAAUGUAUGACUCGCCAAGAUUUUCAGUCUGUAUAUACUGGUAAAGAUUAUAUCUAGAAAGUAUAUACCUGCACAGACAUGUGCGUUAUCUGCUUUUUGUGUUCACCACCACUACUACUAAUCCCCAACGAUAACAAGGUUUCCGCCGAAACGCAAGGACGAUUCUAUUUCAUGAUAACCGAUGAAAUACCAACCCAUAAUGCUUACACAUUACCUUCUAAGUAAAUAUUAGUAUUUCUUUCAUCUUAAAUAUACUAUGAUUAUAUGGAAACAUAGCUCAGUCAGGUAAAACGCAGAUAGCAAUUGAAUAUAAGCAAAUCAUUUUGUGGGUUCGAAUCUUCGUGAGCUUGUUUUCAAUUUUUGUCUGUUUGUGUUUAUUUUUUCUUUUCGUUUUCAUUUUUACUUCCGUAUUUUUUUGUUUUUUUUUCUUUCAUGGUUUGUAUUUGUAUGUAUGCCUUUAUAUAACAAAACAGUAUGUUUAUUAUUUGCAUGACUUAAAUGCAUGCAUUUAGUCAAUAUCAUCUUUAAUAUAAUGCUAAACUUUUCUGAUCUGCCAUGAUAUCGGCUUAAGAUACUUCUCUGUUGUGUUGACACAUAGUUUAUGAAGGAAUCUACAUGUUUAUGAGAAAUAAAAAGUUAUUGUCGAUGCUGAGUUUCGAACCCACACGGCAAAAGAUCUGUUUAACUUGGACUGCAUGCUUUACCACUGAGCUAAUUUGCAAUUGGUACAAAAUCUAGAAAUAUUUAGAUUGUAACAUGUUAGAAAAAUGUUGAAUUCCCUAUGUUCCAUUUUAAUCUAUUUAUAGUCAUGUUUGUAAAUAUCAAGUUAUCGUUGGGGCAUAGUACUACAAAAUCUAAGCUAUUUAGAAAUGUUACAUGAAUACAAAUAUUCAGCUGGUGCGAUUUAUUUAUUUGCAUUAUUUGUUGAAGGUCCUCCGUGGCCGAAUGAUUACGCUUGCUGAAUUAAAUCAAUUGCCCCUCGAGGCCUCGUUUGGUGUUUAAAAUUCUUUUAUGUGAUAAAAUUAUCAAAGGUUAGUGGUUCUACCUAAGGACCGCUUGUGCCUGAAAUAUUUUUUUUGCAGGAGGACCUGAGGACUUCCGCCGCUACCAAAAGCUUUAAACUCGUAAUUUGACUUUUUAUUGUGUUGUUGUGACGUUUAACCCAACCAAACAGAACAGACAAACAGAGAUAUAUAUUUGCAUUCAAUUUA